UACAAAUACACACGUCACGUUCGAAAUACUGGUGCUUUGCAAAACAGUUCUCUUAUCACCGUGACCUUUGCUGGAUAAAGAAACUAUUCAUAUUACAAUGAAGGUGUUCUGCUGCUGCAUUGCUUUCCUGCUGCUCAUCUUUAUUCCCAGAUCCUGUGAAGGAGGCAACAUCUUGGUAUAUCCUUCUGAGGGCAGCCACUGGAUAAACAUGGAAAUUCUACUAAAGGCUUCGCACUCUAGAGGACACAAUAUCACCAUUCUGCGUUCUAGUAAAAGCUGGUACAUAAAAGAUAACUCAUCUUAUUACAGUGCCUUUACAGUUCCAGUGGAAAAUACUUUGGAUCAGACGUUCAUCACAAGAAUUGUUGCUGAGAUCAUAGAAUUUGAACGAGGAGCCCUCCCGUUGACAAGCUUUCUCCACAUGAGUGUAGGGAUGUUCAGCACAUUUAUUGAUGCCCACAAAGGUGUAGGUGCAGUAGUAACAGCAAUGCUGGAUGACAAACAGUUGAUGAGAAAAUUGAAAGACAGCAAGUUUGACCUGUUACUUGCUGACCCCUGCUGGGGUGGUGCAAUCAUUCUGGCCAAAUAUUUGAACCUUCCUUUGGUUUAUAAUGUUCGCUGGCUUAUAGCUACAGAGGCUCAUUUUUCCAUAGCCCCGUCACCAUUGUCUUAUAUUCCUAUAACAGGAACCGGGAAUAUUGACAAGAUGACCUUUUUGCAGAGAGUUAAAAACAUGCUUUUGCACAUAAUAACCCAAAUACAAAAUGAGCUCUUAGUUAGACUAGUAUACCAGAAAAUAACUGACAAAUAUCUUGGGCCUGGUUAUGAUUUCAAAGACUUAAUGAUCGAUGCAGACAUUUGGCUGAUGAGAGUGGACUUUGUGUUUGAGUACCCACGUCCCACAAUGCCUAAUGUUGUUUAUAUCGGAGGGUUCCAGUGCAAACCUGCUAAACCUCUGCCUCAGCACUUGGAGGACUUUGUGCAGAGUUCUGGAGAGCAUGGCUUCAUCCUCAUGUCUCUGGGGACUUUUGUGACUGAACUUCCUGCUGAUGUAACAAAUGAGAUCGCUGCAGCUUUUGCUAAACUACCACAGAAAGUGAUCUGGAAGUAUAAAGGUAGUAAACCAGCCACUCUGGGCAAUAACACUUUACUGGUGGACUGGAUGCCACAGAAUGACCUUUUAGGACAUCCAAAAAUAAAACUAUUUGUGGCACAUGGAGGAACAAAUGGAGUCCAAGAAGCCCUGUAUCAUGGAGUCCCAGUUGUGGGUAUACCUGUGUUUUUUGACCAAUAUGACAACCUGCUACGUCUGAAAGAGAGAGGGGGCGCUAAGAUACUUACGUUAGCUACAGUGGACAAAGACAACAACUUCCUGAAGGCCAUAGAGGAAGUCCUGAAUGAUCCCUCCUACAGGGCGAACAUGCAGAGACUUUCCAGGCUACACAGAGAUAAGCCAGUAAAGCCACUGGAUAACGCCCUCUUCUGGAUAGAGUUUGUCAUGAGGCACAAAGGAGCAGCUCACCUGAAAGCAGAGUCCUACAGAAUGGCCUGGUAUUCCUACCACUCUGUAGAUGUAGUUCUGUUCCUGGCUGGAGCUAUGCUGCUUGUGCUUUUAACUACUUUCUACCUUAUUAGGUGUGUAUACACUGGAAUGUGUAAAUAUAAAGUGAAACAUGACUAAUGAUCAGUACACAGAUGGAUGUGAUAAUGCAUUGUGUCAUUUUAACUUUUCAUGUUUGAGUAUAACAUUCAUAUGAGCUUGUUAUAAAAAACAAACAAACUUCAUGAUCAUUAAAAGUCCGUGUUUCAAAAUAAUUCUGAGUGGAUUAACCCUAACAAGAUAAACAUAAUCAAUAAAAAAAAUGCCUUUAUACCUUUACCUGAAUAUACUGUAUGUAGUUUUGUUGUAUUCUGCCUUUGUUUAUUAGAGAAAACUGCAUUUAUGUUUGACAAACAAUAAAUAUCUUCUUAAUGAAUA